AUGAAUAGUUUACAAAAUAUUAACAUUCGACCAUUGGGUGUUGGAAGAUUAUUCUUUAGGAUAAGCAGGCAGAACAAACUCAUAAAUACUUGCACCUUUUCCACAUUACAAACUUUAAGAAAUAAUGAUCAACGAGAAUCAUUAUCUCGUUUAAAAGUAAAUAGAACAAGAUCUAAUGCUAAUAAGAAUAUCAACAAGCUCAAUGGAAACUUGGAUGUCCCAAGAUGGAAGCUUGGUGGUAUAAUUGGGCUACUUGGGAUAGCGAUCUACGGAUUUUCGAAAUAUACAAAGAAUAAAUUGGAAUUUGAUAAAGAAGUAAGUUCUAACAUUGAAUACGGCCAAAAAGCCAAAUUAGGUGGAGCAUUUGACUUAUUGGAUCAAGAUGGUAAAACGUUUACCGACAAAGAUUUGCUUGGCAAAUUCUCAAUCAUAUAUUUUGGGUUUACACAUUGUCCUGAUAUUUGUCCUGAUCAAUUGGAUAAAUUAGGAGUAUGGCUUCAUAAUUUGAAAGUGGAAAGAAAAUUGAAGGAAAAGACAGGAUUUGACAUCCAACCUAUUUUUAUCACGUGUGAUCCAGACAGGGAUUCACCAGAAGUAAUUAAAAAAUAUUUAAAUGACUUUGACAAAGAUAUAAUUGGGCUAACCGGUACUUACGAGCAAAUAAAGCAAGUUUGUAAACAAUAUCGUGUUUUUUUCGCUACACCUGAAAAGGAUUCUUUAAAAACUAACGACCAGAAAGAUUAUCUUGUAGAUCAUUCGGCAUUUUUUUACUUGAUGGACCCAGAAGGAGAUUUUGUAGAUGUUUUAGGGAUGGCAUAUGAUGAGAAGAAUGGUGCAGAAAGAAUCGAAGAACAUUGCAAGUAUUAUAUUCCCAACUCUAAAAGAGAAGUAAAACGCCAGAAAUGGUAUGGCUUUCUUUUCAAUAAUUAG